GGAGCACUUCCGCUGUGCAGGUUGAGGUCGCGGCCUUGGUUCCGUUCAGGGCGGCUGUGGAGACCCCCGGCUCCUGGGCGUCCUGUUCUCCAGCGCUCGCUCUGCAAGAAGGCGGCCGCCAGGGGGUGCCCCUGAGCAAGUGCGGCCGGCCGGCCGGCCAGCAGGGGGCGCUCCCGGUCCUUGGCGGGCUGUGGAGCCGUCCGCCUUUGCAGUCCUCGGGGUCGAUGGACGUCUAUGGGUAACGUCGUCAUGGCCGAGGAAUUCCGCUGGAGACGGAUCAGCGUUGACGCUCACCGUGUGAUCGUCGCCUGCACAUCGUGGUGAGGCGGUGACAACUGCCCGCGUGUGUCGGGCGCCUCUGUGACCUGGAGGUCCGGAGUUUACGGGCCUCAGCUUCCUCGCCUGGUAGAUGGGUACGACAGCUGCUGUCCUCGUUGUUUGCUGUGAACGCCCUCAGAUGCCAAGUCCUGUGCCGGAGGCACUGCACACGUCCGUCCCCUGAUCCCCCCGUAGCCGUCUGGUGACGUCUUCUCUCUCGUGUUGAAUGUAGGCAUAGAGGUCGGUGUGCUUGGGCCAGCGUCCCUCAGCCGGCGGCGCGGUGGCUUCCUCGCAGAAUCAGGAGUCGUAUGUCCAGGACGUGUGUGUGGCUCGGCGGCUCUUUCACUGCCAGGAACUGUGGGGGUGGGGAGUGGUGUCUGGAUGCAGCCUCCGCUCCGCCCCUCCGGCCACCACAAGAAGGGGGCGCUGUCCCUGUUGGACCCCCAGCACCCCGGACUGGACUCUCACUGCUCUGCACUUCUGCCCCGUGAGGCCGCGCUCUGACUCAGCCCUUCCCCGGGGGAGGCCGCCAGAAUGACCAAACGCAAGGAGGCGGUGACCUUCCAGGACGUGGCCGUGGUCUUCACCAAGGAGGAGCUGGGGCUGCUGGACGCCGCGCAGAGGGAGCUGUACCGGGCUGUGAUGCUGGAGAACUUCCGGAACCUGCUGUCCGUGGGAGGCAAGAACCUAAAUGAGAUGGGAGUAGGAUUAAGGCACCUACCACGCGAAGAGGUUUUCUGUUCACAGACUUGGCAGCAGUUCACUCUGGAGUUGACCGGGCGUCAAGAUUCCCUGGCGAAUAUUCAAAGAACUGGCAGUCAGUUGAAGACCCAGGGGGACACACUCAGUAAAGAUGGGGAGUUCAGCAAAGGCUGGAAUCAGAGCUCCCAGCUUCACGCUCAGUACAGAGUCCACGCUGGCGAGAAACCUCCCAGAGGGGAGGAGUGCGAGGAAGGACUCAGCUGGCACUGUCGUCUUCAAAUUAGGCAGAGGGCCCACGCGGGAGAGAAGCCCUAUUCGUGUGAGAAGUGUGGGAACGCCUUCCGGCGGCAUUCAAGUCUUCAGGCCCAUCAGAGAGCCCACAGCAGAGAGCGAGCGAGCAGAUCCGAUGCUCCGGGUAAAGGUUUUGCCCAGAGGUCACAAAGUCACCGUCAGCAGAGAGUCCCCACUGGAGAGAAGCCAUCCAAAUGUGGGGAAUGUGGGAGGAAUCCUGGGAAACAUUCCUCUUGUCAGGUUCCGUUGACCGUCCACACAGGGGAGAAACUCCACACGUGCGAGGCGUGCGGGGUGGGCUGCAGCCAGCACUCGUGUCUUCAAGGCCGCCAGAGGGGCCACGCUGGAAAUAAACCUUACAGGUGUGAAGAGUGUGGCAAGGGUUUCAGCUGGCGAUCCCGGCUGCAGGCCCAUCAGCGCAUCCACACCGGAGAGAAGCCGUACAGGUGCGACGCGUGUGGCAAGGGCUUUAGUUACAGCUCACACCUGAACAUCCACUGCAGGACCCACACUGGCGAGAAGCCCUACCAGUGCGCUGAGUGUGGGAAGGGCUUCAGCGUGGGCUCCCACCUCCAGGCCCAUCAGGUCAGCCACACUGGGGAGAAGCCCUACAGAUGCGAGGAGUGCGGCAAGGGCUUCUGUCGGGCCUCGAACCUGCUGGACCAUCAGCGAGGCCACACUGGGGAGAAGCCGUACCAGUGUGACGUGUGUGGGAAGGGCUUCAGCCGGAGCUCUGACUUUAACAUUCAUUUUAGAGUCCACACGGGAGAGAAACCCUACAAAUGCGAGGAGUGUGGGAAGGGCUUCAGUCAGGCCUCCAACCUGCUGGCCCAUCAGCGAGGCCACACGGGAGAGAAGCCGUACAAGUGCGCCACCUGUGGGAAGGGCUUUAGCCGGAGCUCAGAUCUGAACGUGCAUUGUCGCAUCCACACGGGGGAGAAGCCCUACAAAUGCGAGAAGUGUGGGAAGGCCUUCAGUCAGUUCUCCAGUCUGCAGGUGCACCAGAGGGUCCACACUGGCGAGAAGCCCUACCAGUGCGCGGAGUGUGGGAAGGGCUUCAGCGUGGGCUCCCAGCUGCAAGCCCAUCGGAGGUGCCACACGGGGGAGAAGCCGUACCAGUGUGAGGAGUGUGGCAAGGGCUUCUGUCGGGCCUCCAAUUUUCUGGCUCACUGUGGAGUGCACACGGGGGAGAAACCGUACCGGUGUGAUGUGUGCGGGAAGCGCUUCAGACAGAGGUCUUAUCUUCAAGCUCACCAGAGGGUCCACACUGGCGAGAAACCGUACAAGUGCGAGGAGUGUGGGAAGGUGUUCAGCUGGAGCUCAUACCUCCAAGCCCAUCAGAGAGUUCACACCGGAGAAAAGCCGUACAAAUGCGAGGAGUGUGGGAAAGGCUUCAGCUGGAGCUCGAGUCUGAUCAUUCAUCAGCGAGUCCACGCUGAUGGCGAGGGGGACAAGGACUUCCCUUCAGAGGGGGCACCCAGGAAGUAAGCUCUACAACAUGUCUCACACGGGUGCUGAAAUCCUCCACGUGUCAGCGCUAUCGUAGGAGAUAAGACAUUGAUUCAUAAAGGGGUCAGAGGUGAGCCAGAGCUUGACCCGUCACAGUGGUCGGGAGAUCCCACAGCAGAGAAGCCUUGGGAGGGUGGAGCCGUAUGAAUCAUUCAGGUUCUUGACCUUAAUGGGUAAGCCAGGGGGAGGCCCAGGAGAGACGUGUCUGACCUGGAGUGAAGCAUAAGAACUGACGGGAAGGCCAGCAUCUACCCGCUAGCAGAUGAGCUCCGAGAGGGCUGGGGACUUGGUCGGUGCCAGAGCUACUCUGCCUUCACAGUGCCUAACACAUUGUAUGCGUUUAAGUGAGCAAAAAGAACACUUAUUUUUUUGUUCAGUUUUUCCCUAAAGAUUUCUGUAAGGUUGUCCUGAGAACAGUCCUGCGAGGCUGAGAGACACCCGGGUUUGACAUAACAGGCUCGUUCCCCAACCCUGUGGGUCCUGUGAACUGACGGUUGUCAGACCGAUGGUUGCAGUCCAUCGGGUCCAAAAGCCAGGUCAGUGGGUUGUGAUCAGCAUUUUUGUACACAACUACUUAACUGAAGUAUAAUUUGCAUGCAGUAGUGUAAUACCAUGCAUAAAUCUCAUUAAUGGCUUCUUUCGACAAAUAUAUAAAACUUACAUCAUCAUAAUCAAGAUCCAUGUCCACAAAAUUUCUAUUAAAAUUUCCUCUUAUCAGUGCCAACAGUUGUUACCAUUUUCUGUUCUUUAACUUCACGUGGGUUGAGUCUGUACUCUGAGUUUUUGUGGUCAAAUAUGUGAUCUCCUCAAUAGAUUCAGAGAAAAUGGCAGUUUCCAACAUCGACUCAGUAUUAAAGUACCUCAAUGAAAUUAGAGGUUCUCUGUGAAAAGCCAACAAGCUUAACUUUUUUUUUUUUAAUUGAGACUAUUUUAUGCACAGUAAAAGUCUUAGAGUUUUGGCAGACGCCUACCAUCAAGCACAUACUACCGUAGUGAAGACAACUAAGAGGUCCAGCACAACUCACCUGGAGUUCCUUUAUUCUGUGUAGUCAGCCCCUUUCCCGUUGCCACUUGACAACCACUGGCCUUCUUCCUGUCUGUGGUUUACCUUUCCAGAAUGUCGUGUCUGAAAUCCUAUAGUAGUCUUGACUAUGGCUUCUCUCUCUUGGCUCGAUGCCUUUGAAGUCUCCUCCUCCUGUUCCCACGGUCGCUGCUUUCUGGUGAGUAGUGUUCUCCUGGGUGGACGCACCGCGGUUUGGUUACUCACUCACCACUGGAAGGUUAUUUGGGUUUCCAGAUGCAAUGAUUGUGAAGAAAACAGCUAUAAUCAGUUGCAUACAGUUUUGUGUAUUAACAAAUUUUUCUCUUCAUAAAUACCUAAUAGUAUUGCUGUGUUGUAUGGGAAAAGUAUUUUUAAUUUUUUUUUAAAGUUUUAUUUUGUUUAUUUGAAAGACAGUUACAGAGAGAUGCAGAGACAAAAAGGGAGGUCUUCCAUCUGCUGGUUCAUUCUCCAAAUGGCCACAAUGGCUGGAGCUGAGCCGAUUUGAAGCGAGGAGCUCCUGCUUCCUCUGGGUCUCCCACGCAGUUGCAGGGGCCCAAGGACCUGGGCCAUCUUCUGCUGCUUUCCAAGGCCAUGGUAGAAAGCUGGAUCUGAAGAGGAGCAGCUGGGACUAGAACUGGCACCCAUAUGGGAUGCCAGCAUUUCAGGCCAGGGCGUUAACCUGCUGUGCCACAGCACUGGCCCAAGAGUAUGUUUAAUUGUAUGAAAAAUUGGCAAACUUCUUUUGCAUUCAUGUUAUCAACAUGGGAGUUCUAGUUCCUUAUCCUCACCGACAUGUGGUACGCCAGGGUUUGUUUGUUUUUUUCAUUUUUCACAUUUCAGAGGUGUAUGGUUUCUAUUUAUCUAAUAACUGUUCAGCAUCCUUUACCUAUUUCUAUACUAUGUUCAAGUCUUUGCCCAUACUUAAAAAAACUUAUUUUCUAAGGCAAAGUGACGGUGGGUAGGUUGGGGAGAGGGAAAGACAGAGGGAGGAAGAUCUAUCUGCUGGUUCACUCCCCAAAUGCCUGUAACAGCCAGGAUUGGACCAGGCCAAAGCCAGAAGCCAGAAACUUCAUCUGGGUCUCCCACAUGGGUGAGAGGUCCUUGGGCCAUCCUCUGCUGCUUUCCCAGGCAUGUUCAUGGGGAGCUGGGUUGGAGGCGGAGCAGCCAGGACUUGAACCAGCGCUCCAGUGUGGGAUGCUGGUGUCACGCUGCAGCUUAGCCCGAUGUGCCGCAGUGCUGGCCCCACUUGUUCUUGAUUUCUAAGAGUUAUUUUUAUGUUAUGGAUAAACACUCUUAUCGCCCAUAAGUAUAUGGCUUGUGUUUUUAUCCCGUUAAUGUUUUUCUCAUAAAAUUUUAAUGAAAUUCAUAUUUUGCCACUGGAUUCUUUGGUUUCAGAUGUCUGCCUCAUCCAACAUUACCAAGAUUUGUCUCUUUUUUAAAAAAAUAGUAUGUUAUAGUUUGAGGUUUUAUAUUUUAGACAGUUAACCCAUUUGAGUUAUUAAGGUCCCCUUUUUAGCAUAUGGGCAUCAAAUUAUGUGUUCUAUUGACAUUUUCUCUUAUACCUUUGUGGAAAAUCGAUUGGCCUUACAUCUCUGCGUCUCUCUGGCCUCUACUCACUGUACAACCAUGACUCUUAAAGCUUUAAUAGAAUGAAAUCAGGUAGUUUUGAGUUUUGCAACCUCAUUCUCUUUCAAAAUUAUUUUGGCUAUUCUAAUUUAUUUACCUUUCCAUAGUUUUUAGAAUCAGCUUUGUAAUUCUAAAAAUAAGCUUGCUCGGAUUUUUGUUAGGAUUGUAUUGACUAUAUGAAUGAGUUUGGGAUUGACAUCUUAACAAUAAUGAAUGUUCUAAACCAGGGACAUGGUAUGUCUGUAUUUGUUUAAGAAUCCUUUCAUUAGUAACUUGUAGUUUUCAGCAUAUAGGUCCUGUGCAUAUUUUAUUAUAUUUAUGCCUAAAUAUUCCAUGUGUU